AUGCCGGACGCUGUCGAUUCUUCAUCUGAAGAACGGCAGAAGAGGCCCGAAGGCGCUCGCCCGGAAGUAUCGUCAGAGAGAUCAGAGACUCUGAGAAAUCGCUCUGUCAGCAAGAUCGACGAUGAACCUGCAAAGCCAGAACAGAAGCCCGGCAUCCUGGCCAAGAUGGGGCUUGAUGUGCCAACUAUAUCGAUGAUGUUCAAGGGCUCUCUACCACCCAUAAUAUGCAUCUCUAUCUACCAGGCCAAUGCUAUCUCAAGCAUCGCCCCGACUCUGGGCUAUCUGAUGCCAAUCAUUAGCGUCCUAUCAUUAGCCAUCUUGCCCCGUGGCAAGUACAUGCAGAACCUGUUAUUGAAUACCAUGAUGGCCUGUAUCGGGGCUGCCAUCGCUAUGUUGGUCCUGUGGUCUGCCGUCCAGGCACGCGCUCACACGUCCAACCUAGCAGAUGUUCCUGCUGUUGUCCAGGCCACCGGCAGGCCCCCCUACAACUCUAGCCAGAGCGCUGUUUGCGGCGUGUGGCUCUUUGCGAACAUUUGGUUUGUCAAUGUGCUCCGAGCCAAGAUGCCCAGCUUCAACCUCCCGGUCAUUCUAUAUAGCAUCAUGGUCAAUGUUUCUGCCACGUUCGGUACCAUCAUGGUGACUACAGCACAGGCGGAGGCCUUCGUCAAACAACUCCUGACCAUUGUGCUCAUGGGAAUAGCCUUUGCGACCGGCGUUUCGUUCUUCAUAUUCCCCGUCAGCAGCAGGAUGGUCGUAACCGGGGAGAUGAAGGGCCUGUUGGGCCUCUUCCGCAAGGCGGUGAUGCUGCAGAAGGAAUACCUCCAGGGCCUAGAGAGAGAGGACAUGUUUGCGCUCGAGCUGACAGAGACCGCUGCUGGCCCGAAGUUCAAGCAGCAGAAGAAGAACAAGAAACGGAAGGGCAAGGACGGCCAUGAUGACGAGGAAUUGGUUUUGACGAAGGAGGCCAAAUCGGCACAGGCCCUGCGCGAAACCAUCUCUCAGAUAAGAGAACUUGCUGGCAAGCUCCAUGGUGACAUGAAGUUCGCAAAGAGAGACACGGCCUGGGGAAAACUGGCUGCUCAUGAUCUGGGCGAGAUAUUUGGUCUGAUGCGUAAGAUCCUGAUACCAAUAACUGGACUGAGCACUAUCAUGGACAUCUUCAAACGAGUCGCCGAUACACGUGGGUGGAAUAAUGCUGACCCGGACACGCCAGUCGAAGUACUCGCGGCUAAGGAGAAAGAGCAGCGAGUGUGGAACGAAGUGAUGAGACAACUCCACGAGCCAUUUGAUAUCCUGUCCCAGGCUAUUGACCAAGGACUUGAACAUGCUGGAAUUGUACUCGAGUUCCUCCCGCGUCCGAAGGAGCAGCAGAAGGCUGCAGCCCAGACAUCGGAUGGAUCUCAGCCAGAUGUCGAGGCGCAGGGUGAUGAUGUCCGUCCUGGGCAGCCCGAUUUCGUCAAAGUGAUGGACGAGAAAGUCCGACUGUUCCACUCCAAACGGGGCGAGAUCCUCGGUACUUGGGCUCGGGAGAAAGGAUUGACAUAUGACGGCGAUCUGAAGAAUAUCGAUCCUGGCUGCAACCUCUUCAAUGACUCCAGAGAACGAGAUCAGGCACAGCUCUACGUGAUUCUCUACAUGGAGCAAUUGAUGCAAGCCACCGGCGAAGCAGUUCAAGACCUCGUUGAGUUCGCCGAUAGUAAGGUUGCAGAUGGGACAAUGAAGAAGAAGCGUCUCAUAUUCCCCAACAAACGUCGCAUGAAAAAAUGGCUCAUGAGUAUCUUCAAGGAUGAAGAUUCUACGGCCGAAGAAACCCCUGACGUCCUAGAAAGAGGAGCUAAUGUUGUCUUCAUGGGCGACGGCUUUGGCAAGAAAAAGGAUCCAGAGCAUCUUCCGGCAAAUAGUGCAUGGCAGCACUUUGGGAAUGGGCUUAGACAGGUAUCGAGAUUCUUCGGGUCUGAAGAGUCUGCUUUUGGCUUUCGAGUCGCUUGUGCUACGAUGACCGUCGGCAUUGUAGCCUUCCUCGAGCAAACACAAGACUUCUUCAUUAAGCAGCGACUUGUAUGGGCCAUGAUUAUAAUUGCCAUUGGCAUGACACAGACCUCGGGUCAGUCUAUUUUCGGCUUCUUCUGCCGCGUUGGAGGCACAUUGCUGGCCAUGAUUCUGUCCUUUAUUAUCUGGUAUAUUGUCGACGAGAAAUUGCCGGGAGUUAUCGUCAUUCUUUGGCUGUUCCUCUUCCUGUCGUACUACUUCUUCAUUAAGUUUCCGCGCUUUAUUCCAGGGAUCAUGAUCUGCAUCGUCACACAAGUCCUCAUCAUCGGCUAUGAACUGCAAGUGAAGACUAUCGGCAUUGCAGCAGCAGCACAGAGCGGGCAGCCCUAUUAUCCAACCUACGAGCUUGCGCCGUAUCGUCUCGCCACAGUCGCGGGUGGCUGCCUUGUUGCCUUUUUCUGGACGAUCUUCCCGAGCCCUUUGACGGACCGGACGUGGAUACGGCGUGACCUGAGUGCCGUGAUGUACCUACUGGCCAAUUAUUUCAGCGUCAUCAAUGAAACAAUGAAGGCGAUGAUUAACGAAACUGGCGGCGAUAUCGAAGUCAAAGAUUCGCCUGCCAACAGGUUGCGGAGGAUUCGACAGAAGCUCUUUGGCAAACUAACGCUUCUCCUGCCAUCCCUUCAGGCGCAUGCCGGGUUCCAGAAGUUUGAGCCUGAUAUUGGUGGAAAGUUUCCCAGAGCGGCAUAUGAAGAGAUCAUCUUGAGAUCUACUCGAAUAAUGAACUACCUCACCUUGAUGUCCUACACUCUCACAUGGAGACCAAGGGCAGAUCAAGAGUCUCCCAACAACGAGUGGCUGCGGGCCUUGAAGGAGGUCCUGAACAACAUCUCACCGACCCAUCACACGAUCCUGUCAACGCUGACGCUCAUCUCCAACUCGCUGCAAUCGGGCCAGUCGCUGCCCCCUUUCCUGCCGCUGCCGAAACCCUACGAGUUGACUAAGCAGCUGCUGAAGGUGGGCGAUGGCGCACAUAUUUCCAGUGCGUCCAGCAUGGUUGGCGGGAAGCCAGGCGAAGGGCCCGUGCAUAUCUUGGAUGCUAGGAACGCCCAGCAGCGUGGAUACACGGAAUUUGCUGUGAUACAGGUGUGUGGAACGCUGGCUAUCGCGGACAUUGAGGGACUAGUGGCUGCCGUGAAGAGCCUGGUGGGCGUGGUUGACUUCAGCUUCCGGGUGGACACGAGCGAGAGCAGUGUUGAGAGCAUGGGAGAUGACUCUCAGUUUACCGAGGAUGGAAAGGGCAAGGGAAAGGUCGACUGA